AUGAAAGAAACUUCAGAAGAAAACAUCGUAUUUCAGCUUGUGAUCUACAUCCCAGAAUCUGAGGACCAUCCAGUUCCCGCCGGCGUCGUUAGUUGGAAUGUUGUCGUGAAAUCACGAUACACAUCUUCAAUUCCGAAGGUCAAUAUCGACAUCGACAAAGACAUCAUUACCCUACCUUAUUCCAGUGGUACAACCGGAUCGCCAAAGGGUGUUAUGCUAUCUCAUCGAAACUUCGCCACUAUGAUGGAGAUUUAUUCGCGGCACGAAGCAACCAAUAUCACUGGUGUCAUAGAUCCUAACUGGGACUAUGAAAAGGAGAAACUCUUAACUUUUUCUCCGUUCUACCAUGUAUAUGGCUUUGGUCUACUUAACCUCACGCUUCUCGUUGGCAGUACAGGUAUCAUAUUCAAGUCUUUUGAGCCGAACAACUUCUGUCGAGCUAUUCAAGACCACAAGAUCCGGUUCCUGCCUUUGGUGCCUCCGAUCAUGGUAUUCCUUGCUAAGCACCCCGUGUGCGAACAGUAUGACCUUUCGUCCGUCAAAUUCAUCAUUUGUGGAGCUGCUCCUGCUGGAAAGGACAUUUGCGAAGAACUGUCCAGAAAGUAUCCCAAUCUGACAUACAUUCAACAAGAUGUGCAGGAGAUGUCCUGUGAAGGUCUUUUAUCACUUCAUGAAGCCACACGUCGUGGUCGUUCCAAUUUAGGCUAUGGCAUGACAGAAUGCACGAUGGCGUCACAUCUUCCCGAUCUCAAAAAUAGCGUACCAUUUGGAAGUGUUGGUAAAUUGACCUCGAACCUCUGCAUGAAGAUUGUCGAUCCUUCAACUGGAAAGGAAGUGCCGACUGGAAUUAGUGGCGAGAUCUGCAUAAAAGGUCCGACAGUCAUGUUAGGCUAUCUGGGCAAACCCGACGCGACAAAAAGUACGAUAAUCAAUGGAUGGCUACAUACUGGUAAGUCAUCAAUCCCUCGGAUUGACAAUGGAUCACUGGACAGCAGCCACUUGUGCUAG